GUAACAAAUGUACAACUUUUCAAUUACUGCGAAGUGUUUUUCAAUUUUAAUUCUUUGUUUUCAAGGGCUAAUGUUAAACAAUUAUCUAUCAUUAAUCCAUAAUAAUUUAACAUGGUGGGUUUGGUGUAUUUCUGAUGUAUUAGUAAUAUCAAUCUGGAUGUUUGUUCUAUUUUACAUGCACAAAAAAUAUAAAGCAAUCAUUUAUAAUGUCAAUUAUAAACACCAUUCUAUGUCUUAUAAUGAAAUAAAAUACAUUUUUAUUAUGUGGUUUUCUUAUGUAUUUGUUUUAUGUCCAAGAAUAAUUAUCAUAUUUAUUAAAGAUGUUCAUACUUUAAAUGAAAAGAAACUUUUUGGCCCAAAUUUUUUAAAAAUAUCUUUAGCCUGUACACCGCUAAUAUUUCUGUUUAUGAUCUUUGGUUACCAUGGUGCAGAAAUAAAUUCCAAACGCCAGUUGUAUAUAUCUUCUAUAAGUUCUUCGGUUGCACUUGAUCUUUUUGACAGCAUGGAUUUAUUAGAACUACUUUUCGAUCCUCGAUCAGUUCCACAUCAUAUUCUAAUAGCAACACUUAUUUUUGCAUGCAUAAAUUUUACACUUCCAACCUUGGCAUUUUAUGACUUGCACGUCAAACAAUUUAAGGGGAGAGUCACUGGAUUUUCGUUUAAGAUGUUUUAUAGUUGCGUCAUAAUUUUUUUAGUAAACUUACCUAAUUUGAUUUUACGUAUCGUGUUAUGGUUUUCGCAUCGUUCUGAAAUUUCUGUUCUUAUAAUGAAAAAUGUGAUGUAUAUUGUGCUUGCAAUUAAUACAAUCAUUGAGCAUUAUUUUAUGGAGCCACCCAAAAAAUGCUUAAACUGUAAGAAUUUUUACGAAGAACCAUUUUUCAAUGAACAUUGUUUGGGUUGCUGUAUUAAAAAUGACAAUCUAAAGCUAUAAUAGACACUUACUUAUAGCACCUGUGAAAAGGUAUGUAAACAUU